UCAUGCCUGUCAAGUGUUCGAAAUACCAUUGCACAAUUUAAAUCGAAUGAUGCGGGAAAUUUCAAACAAAGAUCUUCAGUCCCAUUUACUCAGAGAUACAGCUUACAAAACAAUCUCGCUGACGAAUGGAUACCAUACGUAUUUCAAGUAUAAGAUGGUCGAUGUACUAGAUGUUACUCGAGAUAAAACUGACCAUUCAAACGAUAUGUUCUAUCUUAUUCAUGCCAACGAGAUACUGAAAGCCGAUGAUCCAAAUGUUGUCGUGGUGCCGAAUGUGAAGACAUUUGCAGACUGUUAUCGAGCUUGUAAAAAUUCAGAUGAAUUAAACUGUCGAACUUUGUCUUAUUGCUCAGGUGAUAAAACAAAUGAGUGCCUUGUUACGAACAUGGUACCAAGCGCAGCUCCAAUUGAUGAAUUCGAAAAUAAUCCCAAAUGUGGAAUCUUCACUGAAAAUCCUGUACUCCAUUAUACAGUGAAUAGAAAUCGACGAUUUAAAUCACAAAGCUCGCUCUCAGAGGAAUUGUGGCUUUAUCAAUGUGCCUCCAAAUGUGGUUCAGAUAAUCACUGUCACUCUUUCCAAAUUUGUGGUUCAACUUGUACUUUAAAUGAAGCAUAUACCGAUACUGCCACCGAAUAUAGUGAUACUUGUGACAUUUACAUUCCUAAAGUUGCAAAUGAAUAUUUUGCCACAGGACAUAAACUUGUCACGGAAGUUUUUCACACUGAGUAUAAUAUAAAUCACGAUCAAUGUGCUGCGUUAUGUUUUAGCAGGAUUGGUGGUACAGAACCUUGUCAAUCGUUCAAUUUCUGUCCCAAGGGUCGAUCAACAAGUACUUGUUCAUUAUCUAAGUUUUCAGUGAAAGACUCGAAGACUAAAACUCAUGAAGAAAAAAGUUGUUUAAAUUACGGCCUAAUCGAUCCAUUUAGACACGAAUAUUCAAGUCCAGUUAUUAAUGUGAAGAAAGGAACCAGUGGAUCAGCAGCAUUCGUAAUCAUCUUGUUCUUCUUAGCCACCGGUUUCUUAUUCGGCAUUGGAAUUCCAAUUGCAUAUUCAAAGAUAAAAACAUUGACCAUUCGAAGUGGUCAAAGUUCAAACGAUAAUUAUGCUUGGACACGGCAGAUGGAUGAACAACCAUUAAACUAAAAAAGUGUCAAUCGGUGAAUACUAAGGAAUUGAUAACUAAAUAUUUUAA